ACCUCCCCUUCCCCAGCGCCGUGAGCGACGGAGCUGCGAGCCAACCGCGAGGCGGCGAGGCGGGGGGCUGAGCCAAUGAGAGCGGGGGAGGGGCGGGACCGGGAGCGGAUUGUUUAUGUGCCGGGAGGGGAAACUUACCUGUCCCGGAACGCCAUGGCACGCCGCACGCGGAGCAGCCGGGCCUGGCACUUCGUGCUGAGCGGGGUGCGCCACGAGGCCGACAGCCGAGCGGUCGCUUUGGCCACCGGAGCGAGAGGCUGGGGCUACGACUCCGACGGGCAGCACAGCGACUCGGAUUCGGAGCCAGAGUUUUCCUCCCUCUCGCCCUCCAUCCCGAGCGCCAUCCCCGUGACGGGAGAGUCCUACUGCAACUGCGAGAACCAGAGCGAGGCUCCCUACUGCUCCAGCCUGCACGCCCUGCACCGCGUCAAGGACUGCCAGUGCGGCGAGGAGGAUGAGUAUUUUGACUGGGUGUGGGAUGACCUCAAUAAGUCGACGGCCACCCUGCUGACCUGCGAUAACCGCAAGGUGAACUUCCACAUGGAGUACAGCUGCGGCACCGCGGCCAUCCGGGGCAACAAGGAGCUGGCGGACGGGCAGCACUUCUGGGAGAUCAAGAUGACCUCUCCGGUGUACGGCACGGACAUGAUGGUGGGAAUUGGGACAUCGGAUGUGAACUUGGACAAGUACCGCCACACCUUCUGCAGCCUGCUGGGCAAGGACGAGGACAGCUGGGGACUCUCCUACACAGGACUGCUGCAUCACAAGGGUGACAAGACAAACUUCUCCUCGAGGUUUGGCCAGGGCUCUAUCAUCGGGGUGCAUUUGGACACGUGGCAUGGGACACUCACGUUCUUCAAAAACCGCAAGUGCAUAGGGGUUGCAGCUACGAAGCUGCAGAACAAGAAGUUUUACCCCAUGGUGUGCUCGACGGCAGCCAAGAGCAGCAUGAAGGUGAUCCGCUCCUGCGCCAGCUGCACAUCUCUCCAGUACCUCUGCUGUUACCGCCUGCGCCAGCUCCUGCCCAACUAUGUGGACACGCUGGAGGUGCUGCCGUUGCCACCAGGACUCAAGCAAGUGCUACACAACAAACUGGGGUGGGUCUUAAGCAUGAACUAUAGCACAUCAAAGCCUUCCUCCUCAUCGUCAGGAAGCGACUCAGAUAGCUCCUGUGGCUCGGAUGCAGAGGCCUGCCAAAGGAAGAGGUGCAGGAGGACAUAAUGUCUCUUCAGACGAACUGCUUUGAGGGAGUCGGGUGGCGUUUUGUUCCGCCGCCUGCAAGGGCAGGCCAGGCCUGACGCACCUCUUUCUUCACGGGGACAUCCGUUUCUACUUGUCUGUGAAGAUUUCUCUUACUCCGGUUGAAAUCUUUAGCCUAAACAUCCAUCACUUGCGUUGAAAAUACCUGCUGACUAAGAGGUCUCAGCUCUGCGGAACGGGUAAGCUGCAGCCAAGUACCUGAGGUUAAUCCCCUGGCUCGGCAUCAAAGCCAUCACCUCUUCCUGCAGAAAGCCUCCUCGCCGCGGGCUGUCAGCAGAGAUGAGAUUGAAGGUGGCCUCCCGGUCUCAAAGCGUACUUCUAGCAAACUCUAGUCAAAUAACUGACUUGAUUCAUCAAAAGACGAAAUCAAAGACCAGUCCCCCUCCUCCUAACUGUUGUGUGUUGGUUUGGUAUCCGCCAUGAGUUCAUCACACUGUGGGGCAUGAUCGAACGGCAGCACUUAGGGAAACGGGCUCCUAGGGAUGAUGCUACGCCACUUGUGAAAGAGCAAUUACUUAAAAGAGUUGAGCUGUUAGUGAUCAUUCUUGAGCCCCCCCUCCCCCCCCAUGACUUUAAUUGCUUUGCAUGUUGGCUACUGCUGCUUCUGUAUCAAAGACUGUAUUAAACUGUAAUAAAAAAAGUAUAAACUGCCUUUCA